CCUUCUUUUACUUGUACUCUCUCUGUCUCACAUCUCCGCUCCAACCUUGCUACAACCUCAGCUCUCCCCUCCGGGAUUCCUCUCUGCGUGAUGAUGGAAGUUAAUACUACAGUCGAUACCAUCAAGCCUCGUACUGGCAUGCACCGCCCCUUGCAUCCACAAAACCGUGACCAUCAUCUCCGUUUCUCCUCCGAAACCAUUCUCAUUAUCAUCGUGGCUGUCGCCUCGGGAUUGGUGCUCCUGCUUACCAUUUUUCUGAUCAUAUUCAUGCUUCGUCGGCUGAAAUGCUCCCCCAAGAAUUCAGCUCUGACUCGUAACAGAAACAACUCAGCGCUUGAUGACCCCAGUUGCAGGUUCAUGGCUUCGGCCACCAUGAACUUGGGUUCUAGUCCAGCUGUGAAGGGAGGGUGUCUUAGUGGUGGGAGUGUGGGCAUGAGCAGGGCAGGAGGAUGCAGUAAAGAAAGAGGAGUGCAAGUGUUCACGUACAGGGAGCUCCAAGAGGCUACAGAAGGAUUCAGCGAAGCAAAUGUGAUUGGAAGAGGAGGAUCUGGUUCCAUUUACAGAGGAGUGUUAAGUGAUGGCACUCUAGCCGCAAUCAAGCUGUUGCGAAGGCAAGGCAGGCAGGGCGAGCGUGCCUUCCGAAUUGAGGUGGAUAUGCUGAGCCGGUUGCACUCUCCAUAUUUGGUGGAGUUGCUCGGGUACAGUGCGGACCAGCAGCACAGGCUACUGAUAUUCGAAUUCAUUCCCAAUGGAACGCUGCAUCAGCAUCUCCACUCUGGAACGAGCCAUUCUAAACCCUUGAAUUGGUGGACCCGCUUGCGGAUAGCCCUUGAUUGUGCCAGAGCUCUUGAAUUCCUGCAUGAGCAUGCGGUCCCGCCGGUGAUGCAUCGUGACUUCAACUCCCACAACGUUCUGCUGGAUCACAACUUUCGGGCCAAGAUCAACGCUCAGAUUUCCACCCCCGCUUUAGGGACCACCGGAUAUCUGGCUCCAGAGCAUGCGUGUUCAGGGGAGCUCACCACAAAGUCGGAUGUGUACAGCUACGGGGUGGUUCUCUUGGAGUUGCUCACUGGACGUGUGCCGGUUGAUAUCAAACGACCUCCCGGAGAACAUGUUCUCGUCUCUUGGGCUCUUCCAAGGUUAACGAACAGAGAAAAGCUGGUGGGAAUGGUUGACCCAGUUCUGCGCGGACACUACUCGGAGAAGGAUCUAAUUCAGAUAGGUGCAAUUGCAGCCAUGUGCGCACAGCCAGAAGCAGAUUACAGACCGCUUAUGACAGACGUGGUGCAGUCCCUAAUACCACUUGUCAGGAACACAAGUGCAGCUUCAUUUAGUUCCCCAAAACUUCGCAGACAAACAUCGAGUCCAGUCCAUUAGUAUUGUUGUUUCAGUAAUGUUCUGUGUGAGUAAGGUACCGGCAGCGCCAGAAGAAGAUACAUGUACUUGUUGCUCCUGGCCACAAUAUCGUCAAAUUUCGUGGGCAAUUUCACUUCCAGUCAUGGAAAAGCAAAGACAUAUGGACCGAUGAUUCAAAUAUGUGUGUGUGUGUGUGUAAAUCACAAACAGGUGCAGUCUUCGAGCACAUUUUCUCGAUUCUAGAACUCGCCUUUUUUAAUGUUCUGUUCCAUUGUCCAUGUGUACAUGUAGAGGCGAUGAGCACAAUGAUAAAAUGAUUUAAUUUGUUAUGACUCA